CAAGCUUACAUUGGGCAGUCUUUUACAGCAGCCAGUGUUAGAAAAGCAGUUGGUGUAAAAGGGGGGGAAAUGGAUCUAGUUGUUGCUGUCCUGUUAACAGUAGUCCUAGGGGUUUUUGUCUGGUGGGUUUUGCUUCAGCUCAGAAGCUGCCCUGAACCACCGUGCAUCUCUGGCUGGAUCCCUUGGUUAGGAGCUGCCUUCCAAUUUGGAAGAGCUCCCCUGAAGUUCAUAGAGCAGGCCAGACUCAAGUACGGUCCAGUAUUCACAGUCUAUUUGUUGGGGAAACGAUACACAUUUGUUACAGAAGAAGAAGGGCUUCAAGCAUUUUGUACAUCUAAAGAUGCAGAUUUUGAGCAGGCAGUUCAACAAUCAGUCCAGCAUGCAGUUUCUGUUCCUGAAGAAAUCUUCUACAAGAAUAGGAGAAGGCUUUAUAUCAUGCUAAAGGGGAAACUGUCUGCUUCUAAUCUGCAUGAAUUAUUUGGGAGUCUCUGUCACGAAUUCCAAAACUAUAUAAAGGGUUUAGAUCCUGAGGGUACGAAGGAUCUCAGAGACCUUGUAAGGCAUAUCAUGUUUCCAUCUGUAGCAAACAUCUUGUUUGGAAAAGAUAUAUUUCUGACAACCGGGGAAAAUAUCAAAGAAUUUGAAGAACACUUUCGUAACUAUGACGAUGACUUUGAAUAUGCCACCCAGCUUCCUGAAUAUUUUAUGAAAAAGUGGUCUAAAUCCAAACGAUGGCUCCUAAAACGUUUUGAAAAGGUUGUGUUCCAUGCCCAGAAAACUAAUUCUCCAGAUGGUUCUUAUAAGACAAUAUAUCAGCAUGUCCUGGACACCUUGCAAGGAAAACACUAUGGUCCUCAUUAUGGUCUUUUAUUCUUCUGGGCAUCUCAAGCAAAUGCAGUUCCCGUUGCAUUCUGGACCCUUGCAUUUAUUCUAUCCUGCCCUUCUUUCUACAAAAAUGUCAUGAAGGAGCUAGAAUCUCUUUAUGGCAAAUCAGCAAAAGAAAUAGUCAGAGUAUCAGAAGAUGAUCUUAAACACCUCCCGUUUAUCAAGUGGUGUAUUUUGGAGACUCUACGGUUAAGAGCACCAGGUGCCAUUGUGAAGAAAGUGAUGAAUCCAAUAAAAGUUCAGAAUUUUGUUAUACCUGCUGGUGACCUGCUAGUGAUGUCUCCAUAUUGGUGUCAUAGAAACCCACAAUAUUUUCCUGAACCAAACGUUUUUAAACCAGACCGUUGGAAAGAAACAAAUUUAGAGAAAAAUACUUUCUUGGAAGGCUUUAUGGCAUUUGGAGGAGGGGCACACCAGUGUCCCGGAAGGUGGUUUGCUAUCAUGGAAAUUCAUAUUCUAGUUGUUUUGUUCCUUUCCAAAUAUGAAUGUAGCCUUUUGGAUCCAUUACCAAAAGAGAGCCCUCUCCACUUGGUGGGGACGCAGCAGCCUGAGGGACCAUGCAGAAUCCGAUAUAAAUUGAGAACAUAAGAAUAAUUAGUGUUCCUUACUAACAGCCAUAAAACCGAAUAGCCAUUGAUUUGCUUUACUACAGUGCUUUGUGUAUUUGUAAACAGACCACAGAUUUCAAAACAGAAGUAUAACGAUAUUAUACAAUCCAUGCAUUUUAAAAAAGAUAGUACUAAUAUUUUCUGAUUUUCAGCAUUUACCCUGUUCUGGCCUCAACAUAUGUUGUGUUUAGCUGUACAUCUGUCCAGUCAACUCAUGUCCAACCACUGAGCUAAAUAUAUAGUAGUUCCCAUUGUCCCUAUGGACAAGUAACUGAACAGUUGCAUUCAGGAUUUUGAAUCUAUUUCACCUUUUACAUUUGGCUGCUCCUCUGUCCUUAAUUAAUUGCUUGAAGAGUUUUAUCUGUCAGCCACUGACAUUUUUCUUUUAGCUGCAUGUAGUAGCUGCAUGUAGUGGCUGAAGUGGUUAAGACGCUGAUUCUGUUGAUUGCAGGUUGGCAGUUCGAGGCCCAGGUGCUGCAUGAUGGGGUGAGCUCCUGCCACUAAUACCAACUUCUGCCAACCUAGCGAUUUGAA